AUGCCGAUCUUACCGCGCAGCGCCCCCGGACGCGGCCUAAGCCCCAUCCCUCUGCCUUUUGUAUGUCAAUCGUGCCAGAGAUCGCUGCGCCGUUUCUCGGUGACGUCAGGCCGCGCAAGUGCUACUACUACUGUUACUGCUACUGCUCCUCCACCAUCACCGUCCCCGUCCGGUUAUGCGCUGCUGACCUCCCGACGCUUGAUCAGCCUUGCCGGUCCGGAUGCGCCCAAGUUUUUACACGGUCUGAUCACGCAGUCCGUUGUUGAUGAGCCCGGCGGCGGGAACGGUAGACAUCGGCAUAAUACGCCGGUCUCCUCUCACACUAGUCUCGCUGCCGGGGCACCGGGUUUCUACAGCGGUUUUCUGAAUGCGACGGGCCGCGUGCUGCAUGAUGUGUUUGUCUACCGGGACACGCUAGGCAUCAAUGCAGGCGCGGCAGAUGGAGAGACUUUCGUCGUCGAGGUGGAUGCCGCACAGGUAGAUACGCUGGCGCGGCAUAUCAAGCGAUACAAGCUGCGGAGCAAACUCACGUUCCGGGUUUUGGAUGAGGGCGAAAUUGCUGCGUGGCAGGUGUGGGAUGGCUCUUCUAUCUCCUCGUCUGAGAAUUCGCCGUUAUCGCAUCUAAAAGACAGUAUCAUCCUGCCGGAUACUCGUGCCCCUGGGAUGGGGUAUCGAGUACUUCGACGCGGGGGAGCGAACGGACUGGACGUGGACCUAGCACAAAGUGACGACAAUAUGUAUCGCGUGAGACGGUAUUUGCUUGGCGUAGCGGAGGGCCAGGCUGAGAUACCGCGCGAGCAAGCACUUCCUCUCGAGGCUAAUAUGGACCUCAUGGGAGGCAUUGACUUCCGAAAGGGAUGCUAUGUAGGACAGGAACUGACGAUCCGCACACGGCACCGCGGUAUUGUACGCAAGCGCAUACUGCCAUGUCUACUGUAUCCUCCCAAUCCUUCUCCCCCUUCCCCACCUAAAGCUCUCGAGUAUAAGCCCUAUAUAUCCGACGAGGGUACACAUGGGGAAGGGAGUAAUAAAGAAUUAUCGGCAGAGGAUAUCCCGUCGAACUUGAGUAUAGGCAGAGACGGUACCAAAGGCCGCAGCGCUGGGACUUGGCUUCGAGGGGUGGGAAAUAUCGGCUUGGCACUAUGCAGGCUGCAAAUCAUGACGGAUGUCGAACUACCGGGGGAGACGGCUGUGGGAGCACCGUUCGACCCGACUCGUGACGAGUUUGUUGUUAAGUGGGGAGCGGACGAGGAGGGUAGUGGAGGACAGUCCGUCAAGAUAAAGGCGUUUGUGCCGGAUUGGAUGCGUGAAAGGUUACAAGAGGGUACGUAG